AUGUCUGCGAGUUCGCCGUCGGUGGGCGCCACAUGGAGCGAAUCAUCUCCAGAGUACGAGACGUGUCGCCAACAUGAGGGACAUGGUAACAGCAACAACACCAGCAGCAGCUUCAACCGGCCUUCCACUGAGAGCAAUCCAAGUAAUGACGCACAGUCUUUCUCUCCCACGAGUGACGCAAGCUGGGGUUCGUCUCCCGCUUCGAUUCAGGGCAGCUACAUGGACCUUUCGGAUACCAUUGCCACCACCACUACCACUAGCGCUAGCAUCACCUUUCCCCACAGCAACAGCAGCAUGUCUGCCUAUCCCGGUCAUCAGCAGCAGCAACAACAGCAGGCAACAGAGCUAUCACAACACGGACUUACAGAUGCGUCCGCGUGUCUACAAGGAAAUGUUGAGACAGACACUCUGUUCAACAAUGCCAGUGGUGCUCCUCCUAACCAACAAACUCUGCCGAAUUUCGGCGUGGUCUGGACCUCAGCCCCGUCGUCAUCACAGCCAUCCAUCAUCUCGGCUUCGUCCCCGUUUGUUGCUUCCCAUCAAGCUCAACCAAGGUGGCACAACCUGCACCAGUACUCUGUCUCUGGUGAGCCGAUGUUGGAUGAACCUCGGUUGUCCUCGUCACUUUCCCUCGACAACAUGUCCGAAGGAGGCAUGUCUACCAUGCCCCCCAGCCCCAUAGACCCGUUCCACAAUAUUGGCGCUGGCACUGGUCACCACUCACUGCCUCUGGGGUAUGACGGCCUCCCCAGCCCUACGCAUAGCAGCUUCGGAGUUGGACCCUCUUCUGCCAACGGCAGUGUCUCACUUCAGCACCAGCACCAACAGCAGCAGUACCCAUCAGUCAUGCUCAACGACAGCGGCCUUCCGUUUGACACCAAUGGCGGUAGUAACUUUUCACAUCAUCCGUCCUCGUCGUCCUCCUCCUCCGGUGCCAGCGGUGGUGACGUUCUCUUCCGAGGCCCCAUCUCCAACCGCACGGUAUUCGACUACCCGCCUUCGGGUUCUUCACACUUUCAACAUGACACCAAUGUCGCCGUAAAGACUGAGGGGCCAGUGGCUGUUGCGCCCACCUCACUCUGGCUGAACAACCCUCACCACAAAACACCGACGCCUCAUCCCUCUCCCGAGUCAUCCCCCAUUGGUGCAAACAGCUUCUUCCAUCAGAACCAGAUGCCUCUGCCUCUUGACUUUGGCAGCAGCAACGCUCAUUUUGGAAGUAGUCCGCAUAUCAACACCAGCCAACUACACCCGCACUACGUCCAACAACAGCAGGCAAGCAACCGGGCACAACGCAAGUCCCUCCCUCACAGCCCCCCGCAUCGUGGAAUGGGCGGUGGUGGCCGGCCAUCCAGCCCCCGUUACAACCCCGCCGUCAUGACAACCCGAGAGAUGCUCCCUUCUCAUCCCAACUCUCCUUCCAUAGCCUGGGCACAUCACCAGGGCCAAGGCCAUCCUCACGGUCUUCCUCAUCACCAUCCCCUGAUGAUGAAGCCAAACACCAUUCCCUCCCACCAUAACCAGCACCCUCACGCCUCACUGGCUUCCAUGUCCUCCCAUUCCCGGAGACAACAACCCUUCCACCACGGCGUCCACCCCUACCAUAGCCUGCCCUCCUCUAAUAGCAAGCGUCGCAAUCAAGGUCAUCAAGACCACGUAACGGACCACCUCAAGCGCGCUAGAGCGGAACAAGAUGCGCUUCUGGUGAAGCUUCGCAACCAAGGAAAGUCGUACAAGCAGAUCCGCCAGAUUGGACGGUUCACGGAGGCGGAGUCUACUCUCAGGGGACGGUAUAGGACUUUGACGAAGAGUAGGGAGCAGAGGGUUAGGAGGCCGGAGUGGACUGAUAAGGAUCUACGUCUCCUAGAAAAAGCCGUCCGCGAAUUCGCCAAAGGGCCAUUAAGCGUUACUUACUCCAACCCUUCCUCUUCCUCCUCUUCCGCUGGCCCACCUUCGACUACAACACCACCCACCGACGAAGCCAUGAGCAUCACCUCCCUCGUCUCCAGAGACACCACCAGCACCAGCACAUCCUCCACCACCUCCCCCUCUUCCUCCUCCUCUUCUACAACCCAACCAGCAGCCCCAAAAACAACUCCCAAAGGCAUCCCAACCACCACCACCAAAAUCCCCUGGAAACAAGUCUCCCACUACAUCUUUUCCAAAGGCGGGUCCUACAAGUUCGGCAACGCCACGGUCCGCAAGCGAUGGGAGGAACUGAUGCGGGACCAGCUUGCAAGAGGCAAGGAUUUGCAAAAGCCGUUUUAUGAGCAGCGGAGUAAGCGGAGUGCUUAUAGCCAUUUGCUUUCCCAUUCCCAUUCCCAUUCCCAAUCUCAGUCUGGCUCUGUCUCUGGCUCUUCUUCCGCUUCUGCUUCUGCUUCUGGGCUUGCUGUGUCCAGGGGUGCUGCUUCUGUCCGUCAGGCUCAGAGGGCCGUCGUGGGUGAGAACAGGGCCACAAGCAUGGUCAAGCGUGAGCCUGCUUCUUCUUCUUCUUCUUUUGUGAAGCCGGAGAGAAGGGAAGAAGAGAAGGACAACAACAACAACAACAACAACAACAACAACAACAACAACAACAACAACGUCAAUGACGGAGAUGGUAAUCUUGCUUACUCUGAUUGGCUGGAUAUGAGUGCUCUAGGGGAUGAUGCUGAGGAGAACCAUAACGGCCACGGCAACGGCCACGGCAACGGCACUGAUGGCGAUGGGGAGUAUGAGCUUUCUGAUGCGUCUGAUUCGGAAGAAGAUGAAGAAGAAGAAGAGGAAGAAGAAGAGGAUUCGGAUGAUGAUUACAUGGAGGAGUGA